AUGGAAAAAAGUGAGUUUCAAACGGUGAUUAAACACUUGUAUUUAAAAGGCUUAACGUCGAAAGAGAUCAAAGCUCAGUUGGAUGAAGUUCAUGGCCCAUCUGCUUCUGUGUUUGCAACUAUUUACAAUUGGAUAAAUGAGUGUAAACGUGGCCGUACAUGCACAAUUGAUGAACGUCGUUCGGGACGUCCAGUGGAAGUGACUACUCCCGAAAUAAUUGACAAAAUCCACGAUAUGGUUUUGAGUGAUCGACGAAUCAAAGUGCGCGAAAUAGUUGAGACCACAGGCGUAUCGCAAGAAUCAGUACUGGAUUGGUGUUACUCAUUGUUGUCGCUUUUGAGAUUAAAUAUAUCGAAACCUGUUCCUAUAAGUCAGUUUACCUUACUUUUAACAUUACUGUUGGUUACUUCGACCGAGGGAUUCUUUUUCGCAUAUCCUAAAAAACUUUUAAUGAACUUCCUACAAUCGUUAAAGGAAAAAAAAGAAGGGAAAAAAAAGCACACUCUUGUAGAGCAUUAUCAUGUGCAUUACUAUCCAGUGCACACAUACAUUGAACCGCCAUUAAAAGCGCCUAAGAAAUAUGAGCUCGAAGAAAUUCACAACGAACAUCUAGCAACGCUUGGUUGGUCUGAUCAUGAAUUUACGCAUAUCCCCGAACCUAAAAUUAAAAUACCCUUGAAAUUAUUCGUUUCGUGGAAUGACGCCGUACCAUGGAACCAUGACUAUCUAGAGGCAGAAACAAUCGAUCACGAUGAAAAUGAAGGUAUAGUUGUUGAAGUUCCAUAUACUCAUAAAAUCAUUGAACAUGAAUAUCCCCAUGGUAAAAAAUUAAAAAGCAACUUAUUAGCAGCUCUUUUUCACAAAGUAGGCUCCAAAAACUAUUUGCAUAAAUAA